UUGUCACGAAAAUCGCGCAAAUCAGUGGAGGCGCGCGUGCAUGAAACACGGCUAAAAACAUGUUAAAAAGUUUUUCUGAAAUUUUAGUUUUAUGUUCCAUUUGGUGUCUCAAUUAUACUAUAAGAACUGAUAUAUUAAACUUUUCUCCGUCUUGAUUAAGUGAGAAAUUUAGCAAAAUAAAUAGUGAAUUUUAGUUUUUUGUUAGUGGUUGUACGUCGAGAAACAAAAUCAACAUGCCUAAAGGAAAGAAAAAAGGAAAAUUCGAGCACAGAAGAACAGAGCUUCCAUACUCUUCAGAUGAGGAUGCAGGGAUUGAUAUGACAAAUGACAACUGUUCAGAGACCUCGGGGCAAUCAGAUCUUAGAAGCAUCCAUGAUGAAGCAGAGAGUGAAGCGCAAGAGAAAUUUGAAGAGAAAGUCUUGGAAAUAAUUGAUGCUCUAAGCGCUAGAGCGAAUGCAGCACGUGCUUCUGCGUUGGUUUCAUUACGGAAUGCUUUGCAAAGACGAUACUUGGCGGUGCUUUUGAGCGGACAAAGGGCUACUUUGGCUGACCACGUUACUAAGGCUCUCAGACGAGGAAAGGAUGGAGAGAAGAAAGCGGCUGCUGCUGUUGCUCCAAUAUUGGCGUUACAGGUCGGUGAAGAGGGUGUGGAAGGGUUUAUGCAAGAGGUGAGACCGGCUUUGGCAGCAGCCGCUGUUGACAAGACUGCCUCACUAGACACACGCACUGAGUGUUGCUCAUCCUUGGCCAUCCUCUGUUAUCUGAUGGAAGAUGACCUCGCCGAAGUACUGGAGGUCAUGCGGCUAUUUGAGACCGUCUUUAGCGGGAGUUAUCUGAAGGGUGACGGCAGCGUGAAAGUAUCGGGAUCUAUAGUGGAGGAGGGGGCGUGGCACGCGGCGGCCAUAGACGGUUGGGCCUUGCUGCUGGCACUCACUGAAGCAGACCACGCCCGAGCCCUGCUCAAGGAUAAUCCUCCUUCCUUCGCCCGCUUGGCUGAUUUACUGGAAGCUUGUAGUCUUGAGGUGCGUAUGGCUGCCGGCGGUGCGGUGGCCAUCGCGUACGAACGCGUGACGGAUGACGAAGAGGAAGGAGACGAGGAGUGGGUGGAGAUGGUGAUGCCUCGGCUGGAAGAACUGGCCCGGGACUCCCAUAAAUUUAGGGCUAAACGGGAUAGGAAGGUUCAGAGGGCCACUUUUAGAGACAUCCUUAAGUACUUUGAGGAAGGCGACGUGCCAGAGAUGCGAGUGCGCAUCGGCGUGGAAAGUGUGUCGUGCGACACUUGGUCGAGUCGCGCGACCUAUUCCGCCCUAGCGGCGGCCUUGGGCGCGGGACUGCAGUCCCUGUCGCCUCAUUGCGGCAGGCUAAGGGCAGCCCUAGGUUUGGAUCCGCAGGCGCCGAUUGUGGCUGCGCCGGCGCAUAACAACUCGAGGAAGAAUAAGUUGCAACGUCAUUUGCAAAAUACAGCUGCGUGCAAGGCCCGAACGGUCGCUCGGAAUAAGAACAGAGACAAACGAUCCGCCGCUCUCGCAAUAUAAGAACUCUUCAAAAAAUCAGAAACUAUCCGGUUCACACACAGCGCUAGUGUAAAAUGUCGUUCCGCUGUGAGUCAAGUGAAUAGCAGAUGCUGAUAAACGCGUCAUAGACAACUUCGUUUGAAUUGUAGGCACAGUUUAGUUCUAAUUUCAAAAAUGGAAUUUUAUAUUUCGAAAUAAAAGCCAUAGUGCAAUUUCAAAAAUGGAAUUACAUUUGAAAUAUAUUUAUUAAAAUGAAUUGAAUAAUAAAAUUAGUCAAAAAAAACCAAAUGGAAUGAUCACAGACUUUGAAUUAUUUAACAACUCAAUAAUUGUCUGUUGUCUGUGGUCAAGAUUGUAUUACUAUUUUCAGCAAAUAUUUCUUUAGUUCUUUUUAUCGCAGUGUUUAUAUCGACUUGACUUACUAGGGAAUUACACACAUGUUUUUUUUUAAUUAUUUGAAUUUUCGUAAAUUGUAAUGGCGUUUAUAUUUAUGUUAUUGUAGACAAUGCACAGAAAUUAAUCUCUUGCUUGGAGAUUGGAGAUUAAAAAUCCUAAUUGUCAUGAUAAUAUUGGCAAUUCUUGAUUUGUAUAGUCUCAAAGUUCACUGUUAGAAAAUGUUUAAUAUUUUAUAUUUAGUUAUUAACAAAUCCUCUCUGCUAUAAUUUUUCUAAAUCUUAAAUCUAGGGCCAUUAACAUGUGUUAAGUAACCCAUAUGUGACUUAUUAUGAUUCUGUUGAAUAACUGUUAGUCAGUUAUCGGCUUUAUAAUUUUUUCGUCUAAAUUUAUAGCAGUGAUAAAUGAUUAUUUUUAUAUGGUUUGAUUAAUUGAUUUAUAUCGAUUGAUAAUUUGAUCUACCCUCUUCGGUAAAAAAUAAAGUUUACUUUUUAAUGAAAGAUAAUACAAUUUUUACGGUUAAUUUUUUUUAACCUUUCUAGUUAGGUUUAGUGUAAAUAUCAAAAUUCCCUUUGGCUUUAGUUGCGUAGGUACCAAAGAAAUUUGAUUUGAACCGCCUUCAUAUCCUAGGAAUAUUACAUUGGCCUAAGGCAUUGUACUUAUGAAUUGUGUUUCAUACAAAAAUCAACUUUACGUUCUGUCAAGUAUACGUCAAAUGUCAGCCAUUGACAGGUGCUUGAUGUUUUUUAUACAAUGGUAUAGUUUUCUAGAACAACGCAAUUCUCUAGAUAGAAUGGUAAAGUUUUUACAUACAUUAAAUUUAGAAAUAUUCUAACUACUAAAGAUACUGAAAGGGAUGCGCCCGUUUAAAAGAUAUGUCGAUAAUUGGAAAGAUACAUAGACAAGGUAAUCGUAACAAUUUACAAUACCAAUUCUUAAAAAGCCGGCAACGCACUUGCGAGACUCCGCCGAGUGUCCUGUCGUUUGCUUCCUAUUACAUAAAAUACUACGUUUUUAGUAACACGGAGCUGUUUUACAUACAAAUAAAUACAUAGAAAGCAGUGUAAGGCCUACGGCAAAAUAAAAAUACAUACACUUUCGCAUAGAAAACUAUACCAAGUAAAACGUAAUUUAUCAUAAAAUCUAGAAUAUCUUUAACGGGCUCUUACGCUAACUCAAAAUUAAGUUUUCACUCUCGUCCGGCCUUAAUGUUAUGUUAGACUUUGGUAAGUUCUACUUCCAUUAUAAGUGGUUCUAAGUUAAUUCGAUGCUUGCUUAGCCGAUAAACUUACGGGAAAUUUUAUGUUUAUCGACUGACGUUGACAAGUCUGAGCACUUGAAUAACUGCCGUUUAGUGUUGCUAUUUUAUUGUUCUAUAAUCGUUUAAAUGAUCUAGUGUCGCUAGAUUUUUGGUUUUAUUUAGUUUACAUUUGUGUGCUGUACUCCCAAGUAUUUGCAGUGCAAUAUUUUUUAGUGAAUAAUAUUUCUGUAAAUAUUUUUUUGCUGUAUAUUGCCUAUUCUAAUUAUUAAAGCGUUGCCCACGA